AAACGAUUUAAGAAUAGAACAGGAACGUGUUGGAGCCUUGAUGUGCAGAGCUGCAGAAAGAGCUGCAGAGACCUUCCCCAACACUAAAAUCAUCAUAUCAACCCUCCUACCACGCAAAGACUUCCACCCUGACACCAUACAGAAAGUAAAUUCCUACACCUCCAGAGGAUGUGCUCUCAUUCCUAAUGUACACCUCGCUCAUCACACCAAUAUUACACCCCAUCACCUAUACGACCAUGUGCACCUGAACAAAAACAGUGUUAAAGAAUUCGCCAGAACACUAAAGGAUGCAGCACUGGGCAGACACACACCUACUCACACAGCGGACCAACAGAGAGGACAACUCCCAAAGCUACAACGACAAACCUACAGCUACAGCACACCCAUCAGACGACCACCAACACAACCGCUUUUUAAAAAAACUCAAAUGGGACACAACUUAAAAAAACAAAGCAUACCUCAACCUACUCAGCGCUCUCACCUGACCAGACCGGCACCAGGCAAAUUACCAUCACUUCAGCCUGGACUACUGACAACUCCACCAGCUCACCGGCACCAACCAAAGCAUUCAGAACCAGCAACACCACUCCACCUCACCCGGACUGAACAAACACAUCUCAGCUAUGCUCAAGCACUCAUAGGACCACAACACACUGACGAAAUGGGCGGAUGGUGUUAGAACCUGUUCCUCAGGAGUUCUACGUGUGUUUCCAUGAUUCAGUACCAGAAGUGCCU